UGUCUAUUCUCAUUGCUCUGUCUCUCAAUCCAUUGCAAGUGUGCACAUUGUUGUGAAAAGAUUUUUUUGUUUGUUUUGUGGCUACAAAUUAUUGAUGAAGCAGUGAGGAUCGAUCGAACUAGCCUAAAUCUAUGUUUAGACUGAAGAACAUGAACUUAACACAAGCUUGCCAUAGGAGGCACUCAAAUAAUAGAGAGAACUUCAAAUAUAUUUCAUUGCUUCAUUCUGCUCCAGAUACAUUAAUACAUAUAGAGAUUGGGAAAAUGAAUCCCAUACUAAGUGCACUUAUCUUAGAAAGCAUAAAAACACUAACUUUACCCCUAAAAACUAAAAACAGUUGCAACUAAUAAUGGCACCCCCAUAAAUUCGAAUUUGAAUUCCCAAAACAAUUUAGCAACUACUUUAUUUAUUAUGUUGGACUUCUCCACCAACAAAGAUCUGCAUCUAAUUUGGGCUUGCCCGAGUGGGCUUUGGCUUUGCCCUCUUCUUCUCGAAUUUCUUCUUCUUCUCGGGCUCGUGGAGCUCUGGUUUCUCUCAAUCAUAUUUCUUCAUGAAUAUAGUUGAGGUAGCCUCCUCAUCAAUUGAGGCUCUAUAUAUAUUGUUAUGUUUUCAAUCGUCAAAAUCAUUUGGGAAGGUAUGGUUCCCAUAAAUUAUGCUUAGAUCAGAUGGAGAAUCUCAAAAUCAUUUAUAUUUCACCAUAGAGCACAUAGGUGGCCUGGGGCUGGUUAGAUUGCUUAAGGAUCACUUGCCUCGCACUUAGAUCAUCUUAGAGUGUCCUAGGCCAUUUACAUUGUGUAUAAUCUUUAGGGUGACCUUUGAUCUGUAGAAGUUUGAUGUGCAUGUCCUAAUCAGUUCUCGCUCAAUUUGUGUAUUAAUUAAAGGUCUUCGUUAUUUCAUCCAAGCAGCUUUUGUAUUGAUAUCAUGCUUCUAAUCUUUUACAUUCACAUCCUCGUCAUCCUAAGGUCAUAUUAGUCUUGUUUACGUUAGAUUUUAGAUCUGCAUGAGUGCAGCUGAUCGUUGGCGUACUCUUUACUUUAGAUUCAAGGACCAUUCCAUGUUUAGCCUUUAUAGAGAUUAAGUCUUAGCAUCUUCCCAUAAUUGCAUUUCAGUUAGUCCCUUUUUGAAAGCAUCUUAAGUAAUGCAGUUUUCCCUAGUAAAACAUUUACUUAAAUUUAUAUGCAGACUAGGAUUACAAAUCUAGGAUUUUGAGUUGGAUCAUUCAGGGAAUUAAAAGUUCUCUAAAAUGUACAAGAACCCUGAAACUAGACCGUGCCAACAAAUAACCUCGGUGGCUGAUUUUGUCCCAUUGUAGUAAUUGGUUUCUAAUCACCUAGACAGACCGACUAACCUCGCAGGUUUUUGAACUUAGCUGAGCCAGGUUACAUGUCGGUACAAAUGAUGCAAAGGGUGUGCGAACAUAAAGUGUGAUCCUCAAAAUAAUAUGCACUCUAUUGAAUAUUUACCACAUGGUAAUUGUACUAAGCGGCUUAUUAUUGCUUGGUUUCCUAAAUUUGCAUUUUUGCAAGCUCCAUUAUGGUAACCAUACUCAUUUUAGAGAUUAGACCCUCAACAACAUAUAUAGUAUAGAUCAGAACAAUAUGCCUGUUUAUAAUGUUGAUGAUCUCUCAAUGUAUGAAUAAAUUGGAAGCCAUAAUGUACUGAGAAGGAAGGCAUAAUUCUUUUGUUUUUGCUUGAUCAAGCAUGAGAAAUUGGCAUAAACUUUAUAAAAAUGAGAAAUUUGUUUAGCUUAACAUUAAUGUUUUAUUUGGAUCAGGAUUUUGGAGGGAGAGGAUUGAAAGGGAAAAUGUUAUUCGUACCCUCCUGCCAUUCAAAUUGAGUCUCUCUCUCUCUUGCUCAGUUGACGAGAAGGGAUCCUCUUCUCUUCAGUUCAAACAAGAAACUUCCCAAUUCGAAAGGGGUUUUGAGGAAUAAUGCUCUUCUUGAAUCGUUUCAUCCUUUUCAAGAAUCCCAGAAAGGGAUAGAUUUAUUGCUAAGAACAGAGGAAAGGAAAAGAAAUGGCUCUAAGAAAUAUAGGAUUGUGGGCAGUAGAAGGCUUCGAGCUAGCCUUCUCUUUGGCAAAGUUCUGCUGCUGCAUCCAUGUAACUGGCUCCUACGUAAUGUUCCCUGCAUUGGCAAUGGGACCCAGCAUGCUCCCAACCAUCGAUCUAAAUGGCAAUGUAAUCAUUGUGGAGCGGGCCUCAGUCUGGCUCCAGAAAGUGAGCCGGGGCGAUAUGGUUGUGUUAACGUCGCCGGAGGACCCGAAUAAGCAGGUCAUCAAGCGCAUUGUGGGCAUGGAGGGCGAAUCUGUGACUUAUCUCAUCAAACCUGGAGAAAGUGAUGAAUGCCAGACUAUUGUGGUUCCAAAAGGUAGAGUCUGGGUUCAGGGCGAUAACAUUCACGAUUCGCGUGAUUCAAGAGUUUUUGGGGCAAUUCCAUAUGGCCUUGUACAUGGAAAAUUAUUUUGGAGAGUCUGGCCAGCGAGCAGGUUUGGAUCAAUGUGCAAUGUAUAGAUAGACUGAGGUAUGCAUGUUCGCUCAUAAAUUUUUCUGUUAUGUUUAUGGAAGGAAAGUAUCAUUGCUUGUCUCAGCAUUAUUGUUGCGAUCUUCACUAGUGUGCAACGAAUCUUCUUUCCCAUGGCUGGACUUUCUUCUGAGGAAGUAAUGUCGCUGUGCUGAUUUCACCAUAUAUUUACAAACUUUUGUUCCUUCGGGUUUUUGCUUAUUUGGGCAGCAGGAAGGAGGGCAAUUUUUUGUUUUUUUUGUGAAGCUCUGGAGUAUUCAUAGAAGCAUACAAGUAUGUUUCGACCCGAGCAUGGGAUGGGUGGUAUUUGUAACACAGUGAGCUUCUUUCUCACUAAGCAAAUUUGCUUUCUCGUUACAAGAAACUCAGCGAUUUGUUUAAUUGAUGAGGACAUGGUUGUUAGAA